UUCAUGUCCUUUUCGUUUUCGGUGUGUUGGCGUGGGGUUUCUGUAGCGGCCGGUCGUUUCCGUCCGCCGCCAUCGCCGUAGCUAGUAGAUUUGCCUUUCGUGAGCGCGGCGAGCUAGCAGAUCCUUGUGGCGAUGGCUCCCGUGCGCCCAACGACGGCUGUGUCCGAUGACCUUAUGUGGCUUCUUCUGAAGCAGUCCAACCGCUUUGUGAUCAAACAGAAUGGCAACUGUUCCGCAUCAAUCCAGUUCUCCAGAGAGCCGAACAAUCUGUUCAAUGUGAACACGCACAAGUACUCCGGAUUGUCCAACACGAAGACGGUGGGCAUUGCCCCCGCCCCCGGCGGUGAGCACGACUGCAACAUCGUUCUCACGACGACGAAGACCAGGAAGAAAAGCCUUCCGAAGAAGAGAGUCAACACCACUGUGAUGAAGACGGGGUUCCAGAGGAUGGUCAAGGUGGUUAAGAGCCAAGUGUCAGAUAAUCACUACAGACCGGAUCUGAAGCGCGCCGCGCUUGCAAGGCUGUCGCGGAUUCAUAGGAGCUUGAGCGAGGCGCGUGAGACGAAAAUCGCCGCAAGGAAGGGCAUUAAGUCGUCGGUGGCCCAAAGAAAGGUUACGCGCAAGUGAGCGGGGUACACGUGAAUCACUGAUGCUCGUGCAUCCUCUUCCACUUCUUCCUCUGUUCAAGUCCCUUGUUCAGCUGCAUAACGGAGGAGGCAAGGGUAAGGGUUGUCUUGAGAGAGAGAGAGAGAGAGAGAGAGAGAGAGAGAGAGAGAGAGAGAGAGAGAGAAAGAGAGAGAGAGAGAGAGAGACACAGAGAGAGAGAGAGAGAGAGAGAGAGAGAGAGAGAGAGAGAGAGAGAGAGAGAGAGAGAGAGAGAACAGGCGUCCUGCCAUGCGGACAUGGAAACGUGUGACGAGUGGUUCAGAUGUGGUGUGCUGUAAUUGGAUGACGGAUAUGAUUUGGACGGCUGUCCUUUCUUGAGGGGGAGGGAGGGUAACAGAGGAAGAGGGAGGGGGGGCGGUGGACGAGUAUGGAGCAGCAGCAGGUACAUGAAAAGGUCACUGGCUGGUUUGUUGUCUAACGGCGGAAACUUAGGGUAACGAGAGUUCUGUACUGAUGGUUAUAAUUGUUGACGUCUACUCUCUUACGGUGAGGUUUUCUUGCACGUGAGAAUUGGCUAUGCGCCUAGUGCGUAAUGGUCAGGAAGGUGCACGGUUCAAAAAAAUUGUAUGAGGUUGUAGUGGAGAAGUUUUUUCGAAAAGAUAUUUGUGGACAACGUCUAUGUGUGGAAGCAUUUGUUUUGUCACUGAAGAAACAUGUUUUCGUGAAAUGGGUUUUCCAGCUGUCAAGUCCUUUAUCUUUAACUCUUGUGCCCACCGCAUGUCCUACUUGUCGUGUUUGAAUCUCCCGCAUCGGCUUUUGUUGUUGGAUCCUCUCUCUGGAUUUCGUUCUUUCCCUAGGGAUAAGCUGUAGACGGUCUUGUUUUGUCGCCGUUCUGUGUGCCUGUUUGUGGACUUCUCCGCCCGCUUUGGUCGGCGCAUCUUCACGGCGUCGAUCUUCCCUUUCUCCUAUUCUUAUGCGUGCCGUGCUUGUGCCUCUCCUUCUUUUUAUCUUUUCGGCCCAUAUCCAGUACCCCGGGUUGCUCUCGUUUCUACUGGUGGCUAUUCAGUUUCCCAUUUCUCAACUCCCUGUCUGUCGCUCUCUAUCACAUGCUAUCUGUAUUUCAGCGUCUUUUUCCUCCCUCGCUUCCAGUUCCUCUUUGAUCCCGUUUUGCCUACUGCUUGCUUCAUGGUUUGGCGUGCUUUAUCUAUGGUAUAUUCUCUCAUGCCGCUGGUGUUUUCUCGAAUGGUUUCCAUGUUCGUCUAGCGUUUGUUGUCGCGCCCUUGUAAGGGUGGAUGUUACGUCUGCGCGCAUGCGUGCGUGUGUUCGAUCUCUAUGUUUUUGUGUGUGCGUGUCUGCGGGUCAACGUGACGUUUGUGCGUGUGGGCGUGUGUGAGUUGUGUGUGUGUGGUGAGAGAGAGNAGAGAGAGAGAGAGAGAGAGAGAGAGAGAGAGAGAGAGAGAAUGCCAUGUGAAAGGAACAACGAAUCAAUUUGCUACCCCUUA